CCAAUCAGAUCUCGAGGACAACCGCUUAUAGUAAACUGUGUAGUAGGUACAACCGUCGUGUAGUUUUUGCAAUUUAGUUCUUUUCUCUCAUGAAUUUGAAGCAAAUAUAACUCAGGAGAAGGGAUGAAGGUGGUGAAAGAAUUUGGCAAGUGCAAGUUGGUGCUACAGAGACAUAUGAGGUCCAUGUCCCUGAACAUGGCUAGUCAGAAACCUCGCACCAGGAGUGACUGUACCAUCUGGUCCCUUCCUGAGGAGAUAUUACUACUACUUCUACAAGGCCUCCAUAUUAAAGACUUACUCAACAUGGCAGCAGUUCAUUCUUAUUUCCGUGAUCUCAUCUACUCUCAUACCUCACUCUGGGCUGGUAUCAACUUUGAUGAAACUUGGCCCUCCAUUCCAAACUUGAAACAUUUUGAAAGGUCAGCAAGUAGUGGCAAUAUAGAGGCUUUAAUCAAACUUGGAGUUGCUUACCUCUACAAUGAAGGGUUUCCUGGUGAUUUUGAAGGGAAGCGCAUUACGAGCAAUGGAGAACAAGCUGCUGCAAUGUUUUGCCAAGUUGAAUCUCUAACGCCGGAAAUCUCUCCAUUCACUUGGCUUUUCAUCCGUCCCCCCUGGUCAACUGCCGGGGCUUGCUGCAAAGAAUAUGUUUUCAAGAACAUGAAGAGCAUUUGUGAAAAGGAUCCAAGCUGUAAGGUCCAGUUGUGCCUAGCACACACACUGCAGUUGUUCGAUGAUGAAGAGCAUGCCCAGGAAGCCAAAGAUUAUCUAGAAAAGGCUGCCAGUCAGCACUCUCCUGUGGCCGCCUAUCAGCUGUGGCAGUGCAAUCAGAAGACAAAGGCAUUUGAUGUUGCCAGUCAGUUAAAAAGUAUUCGCAUGCUCCGUGACAUUGCCAACAAAGGUCAGUUGGAGGCCCAGCUGUCUUUGUGCCACCUUUACGCAGAUGGGAAGUACGGAGGUAUCUCUGAAGCCCAAGCAGCAGGUUUCAUGAAGGAGUUUGUGCAAUCUACUAAACCCAGCGACAUCCAUGAUAUUUUCAGGUGGAACUAUGAUAUAACAAACUCUAUGAGAUAUAUCCUGGUAGAUUGGCUAGUGGAGGUAGCUUCUAUGAAGGACUUCAGUAGCCUGACCCUCCAUGUGGCAAUCAGUGUGGUGGACAGGUUUAUCAGCAGGCACAUGAUGACAAAGUCCAAGUUACAGUUACUGGGGGUGGCUGCUAUGGUGGUGUGUUCAAGAUAUCUGGGUAAAGAUAUUAUCACAAUACGAGAGGCAGCUUGGCUGACUGACAAUACUUACAAAUAUGAGGAUGUUGUUAGGAUGAUGGGAGAAAUUCUAGCCACACUGAAGGGUGAUCUCAGGGUGGUCACUAUCUUCGACCUGGUGGGCCUGUUAGGCAGAAUUGUCGAUCUUGACCAGCGUGUCCAAUGUCUGGCCGAGUACAUCUGUGAACUGACCCUCCUCCACACUGACCUGUCCUCCUAUACCAAGGCUGAGGUGGCUGCCAGCUGUGUACUACUGGCCAGGGUGGCUAACAAACUAGACACACCAUGGCCCAGCAAGAUGACAGAGUUCACUGGUUUCUCUGUGGAAGAUCUCACCAAGUGCACCAUUCACAUCCAUGAAAAAUGCUUCAUGGAAGGCUCUUUGGUAGACCACAGGGAGGUCAAACUUCAGGCUGUAAAGCAGAGAUAUACUGAGGAGAAAUUCUAUAAAAUCAGUGAGUUUGAGAUGAUGGGGUGUGAUGAGCUCUGUGCUGUGCUGGGAGUGGACGAACACUUGUUUAUUGGGAGGGAACUCCGGAUACGCUUUAAGACAACCAAAGAUCUCAUCAUGUCACCUUCUAGGAACAAACACAGAGUGCAGGGCCGCCCGUGCAAAGCUCCGAUCGAUGCUGACAGAGAAAAGGCAGCAACCCCAACAUUUGAGGAGGCGUCAGGCCUGCUAGACUAUUUCAAUGAGUCUGGGAUGUCUGGGUACUUUGGAGAUAAAGAAGAUGAAGGGGACUCUUACAUGGAUGUGGAAGAUCCAGAUGACCCCGACCUGAUGAGUUUAUUCUGCCCAGACACAUUCGGUACCAAUGACAAUCAGGCCAUGUCCAGCUUUGUCCACUUCUCUGACCUUAGUGCCAUACGCAGUUCUUCGCCCUCCUCCACAUCAUCAGAACCUCAGUCAGGGAAAGCCAGCCGAGCCUUUCAGCCCAUCUUGGUGGGUGGGGAGGUCACAGACAGGGUCACAGUGCGCCGCAGGGGGUCUCCAUCCUACGCAUUCAGCAUCGAGGACGUGGCCAGCAGUUCUAAUUUUUCCCUGGCGGAUGUUUCUAUUGAGUCUGGGGACUCUUCACAUUCUGUGAAUCACUCCAGCUGCAGAGAGGCUGGUAAACACAUGGCAGUGGCCUCCCCCUCAGCAGCAUUAAAACUGUCAGACUCUGUCUUUGAUUCAGGGGUUUCCUUCACUAGUCAGUCAGGGUUUACAGUCCACCAGGAUGACAGCACAGCUGGAGACGUACAAGGUGCUUCAGGCUUCCACCACUAUGAUACUCGUUCACAAAGGCAGCGUAGGUUAUCCUCACAUGCUCAAACUGACCAUGUCCAGCACAUUCCUGACCGGUCAGCACUCAGGACUCUAAGCAAUCAGAUGGACGUUACUGUCACUCAGAAUGAAAACAGGAAAGGAAGUGAGAAGAGAAAAAGUCCCCAGAAUAUGGGGAAUGAGAAUAAGACUUAUGUUAUGUCAUUUUAACUACAAUUUUCAGGGUAAUGUCAAUUGAGAAAUGAAGUGUCUGUGUUAAAAUGUGUGAAAUGUCACAAUAAGAUUGAACAUCGAAUAAAUUGUAUGUUUCCCUGUUUGACAGAAUGUAUGAUUGUGAUCUAUUGGCUGAAUAUUCCACAUCAAGGUGAUGUGUAACUGUAAUAAUGGUAUUUUUAAAACAAAGAAUGCAAAUCCAUUUCAAACGUUGUUAGUUUUGUACUUGUCAGAGAUGAGAGAUUAGUUUAUAUAAAACAUUGCAAUAUGCCUGUGUUGUUUACAGUCGCCCUCGGCAAUUCUAUACAAUUUACUCUUAUUUGUCAGGAAUUGGGGCAAUACACAAUUAAUAUUCCAUAUUCAUAUUGUAAAACAAUAUUUUCUUUAUUGCCUAGUAUUUUUUUCAUAAUAUUUUUUUUUUUGAGUAUUUCAUUCAUCUUCAGUUUAUUAUCUGAGCAGAGCUGCUGAGAGCAACAUUUUGUACUUGCACCUGUAUGUGUAUCUGUAUAUACUUAUAUAUUUUUACAACUGCGUACAUAUUGUACAGUGGUUGUUAUAUCAAGUUAUAUCCAGUAGUUUGUAUAUGAUUUAUAUGUUUAUUAUUCAACUGAGCCAAUGUCUAAAAUGCUGUAACACAGUAUUGCCAUGUGUUCAGACCUUUCUCUUCAUAAUUGCAGUCUUUUCAUCAACUCAGGUGCUAAUAACACAGGUUUCCACUGUCUUCAUAAUAAUAUUAAUGCUACAUAGAUUUGCUUGAGGUCGUUAGAGUAGUUGCUUGAGAUAGGGGUUUGAAUAUAGUGUGUGGGGAAUUGUUUCUUAUUAUUGGUUAUUUCAUGCAAGUUUAAAAGGUAGAAUGCUUUGUAUCUAGUGAUUUAACCUAGGGGAAAUAUUUAAAUCCCAUAGGAGAGUUACAGCAUUUUGUUAGUGUACAAAGGUCCUUGCGUUAUUGUUUUUAAGUUCACCUGUCUGUAUAGCUAAGUUAAAAAAUAUGCUAAAGUCAGGUUGCAAUUCAUCAAAUGAUAACUGUUGAAAAUUUACUUGUUAAAAUUGUAGAUUAUUUUUUCAUUAAAUAAA